AUGCAGAAGACAGUGAAAAAAAACUUUUCAAAAUCAGUCAUCGACAAGUUUAUCUUGUUCAACAGUGAAAUACAUCCAUCAUAUUUGAAGGAAAAGGCAUACAUACUCAUUAAUACUGCUGAUCGUGCAACAGGUUCCUCUCCUACUGAGCGUGACUGUAGAUCUGAGGAAAUAGAGAGAAAAUCUAAUACUGACUGUGAUAUUACAGUUCAGAAGACUUUCCAUGAAAAAGAGCCGGUCUUUGGGAAGUGGAUUAGACUGGAAAGGAAGAAUAACUGGCGGGGAUUAGUUUUUGAAGAUGGCAUCAAGGAUUGUAGAAUGAAUCUGCUCGAUCAAUAUCAAGAUCCUAUGCCCUCUGAUUCUGUUCAAGUGAAUUCAGACUUGGCAAAAAAUGAAUCGAUGUUUUCGAUUGGUGAUCCACAAGAGUCAGAAAAAGAAGGCCCAGAUAACGAUGACAUCCAAUUAUCUGUGUUGGAAAGUCCCCCUAAUCAAUUGUUCAGAUCCUUUGGUGCUCGCACUAGAUUAGCUGAGGAUCUGAAUGUUUUAGAUUCAAGGCAAAAAGACAUUCUCAUGCAUGAGGUGGGAACGCAGGUGACACAUAACCUAGAAAGAGAUGAUUGUAUAUCAAACAAUGACAAGAACAAAGGUAAAAAUCUUGUUGAUGAGAGUUCCUGUUAUAAGUAUGUCAGUUCAGUAAAAGACUGGAUAAUACCUAUGUCUGAUGGGCUCAAUGAUGAGAAAAAACUUGAAAGACAAUCUUCAUCUUGCCAGGGGGAGGAAUUACCAAGCAAGGAUUAUAAAAUAAAACAAAUAGAAGAAUGGGUCAUGGAUCUUCAGUACUGCAGCCCUUUGGAAGAGACAAAUGAAUGUGCAAUAUCAAAUGAUCCUGAAUUAAAGGAUCAUGACACUGUCUUAGAGGUUCCAGCUACUGCAAAGUUGGAUGGCAAGGCCAACCCUAGAAUGGAAGCAGCAAAGAGACACAUCUCUUCUAUGAAUGCCACUGCCACGACAGCUCAGUUCGCUAAUAUUGGGUUGGUUGUGAUACUGUUUCUCAGUGCUUUUGUUAGCGUCAAAGCACUUUAA